AUGACUAUGAAGCUAGACCAAGUCUUUGACGACGCUGAGAAUCAAAAGGGUAAAGCAGGACCUCUCGGGAUGCAUGGAGGAAAGGGCUUUGAAGAAAGACUAGUCAGAUUGGAAAACGGGAUGGAACGUACCAAUGAUGCCCUGGAUUGGAUUAUCAGUGCUCUUUCAAGUGGCGGUAAUAUGGAGGUCAAAUUGGCACCACCCAAACUCAAGGACAUCCAAAGGAGAGAAGAUUCCGUAGACAUUGCCGAGGAAGUAUCCAGAUUUGAAGUGCCUGUCUCCCUAGAAGCUCUAGGUAUCAUGAUCCAUAAGAAGUCUCGGGCCAGUCCCUAUCCUGGGACUGCCAUGAGAAGAUUCCCUGUUCCAGACGACAAGGUUCCUUGGGAGACCGCUUUCCCGCACUACACACCAGUGCGAUACACUCAUCGGAGUGUAGAGGAUGGUCCCCACUGGGCAGACAUUGAUCUCAUGAGCAUGCCAACGAGCUCACGUUCAGUACUCCUCUUCAAUCAGAUGGAUGUGCAAUGUAAAUACAACAGAAGGAGUCACAUGAAGGCAUACCAAAUCAAAGACGGGCUUCCACUAAAUCCCAAAGGACGUACAGGACUCAGUGGUAGGGGUCUACUAGGAAGAUGGGGUCCGAACCAUGCAGCUGAUCCCAUAGCAACAAGAUGGAAGAGGAAGCCAGAUGAUGGAUCCAUCUUAAUGGAUGAAGACAAGCCAGUCCUAGAGUUCAUUGCUAUACAGAGAGUGGAUAACCAGCAAUGGGCAAUACCCGGUGGUAUGGUCGAGCCAGGUCAUUUGGUCAGCGAGACUCUGAAGAGAGAGUUUGGAGAGGAGGCCCUGGGUGCUCUCAAUAAGACAGAUGAAGAAGCUGCUCGCAUCGGGGAACAUGUCGAGAAGCUCUUCUCAAACGGUGUCGAGGUAUACAAGGGUUAUGUGGACGAUCCAAGGAACACCGAUAACGCCUGGAUGGAGACGGUCGCAAUGAACUUCCAUGAUGAAGAUGGUUCUGGCUUUGGUUCUUUCACUCUUGAGGCUAGCGACGAUGCUCAGAGUGUAAGGUGGCAGCGAGUCAGCUCCAAGAUCCCUCUAUUUGCCAGUCACACAGCCAUGCUCAAGAAGGUAGCCGAGUUACAUAAAGCUGCCUUCUAA